AUGUUGAGAUAAUCAUUUAAUAAAUUAUGUCAAAAAAUCAAGGUAUAGAGAUUUGUGUGUCAAUUCAGUAAUUAUUCUUAGAAGAAUCCAGCAAUGAAAUAUGAUGAUGAAUUUAGAACAACUUUAAAUCAAGAUGGGAAAUUAUUACCUAAUGCAGAUCAUUCAUUUAUUGCUGAUCAUGAUGAUAAAUAUGGAUUAUAACACAUAAGAGAUCCAGCAAAAAUAUUGAGUCAUUUGAAAUCAGUUGAAUUUAAGUAUUAAUUCAAUGAUUUGAUUUAUUUUUUACGUCAUUUGGUUCAUAUAUCAGAAGAACAUGGUUUAAGAUCAUAAAUAAUGAACAAUUAUAAUUUUAAGGAAUUUUUGAAUCACAUAAAAAAAUGUUUAAUAACAAACGAGCAUGAUAAAUUUCCAUUAAUAGGAUCAUAUGCUUAUUGUUUAAACAAAUUGGAUAUUAAUGAUAGAGAAAUGUGGAGAUUACUUGAAUAUAAGAUAUUAGAAGAUUAAUAUCAUACAACAUUUGAUGAGAGUGUUUUUGCUGCAUAAGGUUUUUGUAAAUUACCAUUAAUGUAUUAUGGUUAAAGUGAAGAAGUUAUUUAAGGAAAAAUUGAUAAGGUUUAUAAAAAAUUAGAGAGAGUUAUUAGAAUAACUAUUUGGGAAGUGAAUCCUAUACAUUAUCAUUCAAUUGCAAUGGCAUUAGCGAAAGUAAAUAGAUUUGAUCCAGAAAUGUUUGCCAAAUUAGAAUAACAUAUUCUGACUAAUUUAUCUUUGAAUUACACUACAAAAAUGAUGGUUGACAUAUUAUUUUGUUUUGCAAAGGGAAAAUAAGGAUCUUUAGAAUUUUAUGAUUCUAUGUAGUAUGUGAUAUUCAAAGGUCAUAUGUUUAAUCGUAAUUAUUUUUUGUAAUCUCUUUCUGAAUUAAGUUAUGAUGGCCAUUUAGUAUCAAGAUUAUUGGAAAUAUACAAAGAAGCACAGGAUAAAUAUCAUGAAUUCUAAUUGCAUCCAGACUUUCAAAAUAAAGUUCAUAAUCUUAUGGUGAAUAAGUUAACUCAUUAUGAUUUAGAAUCACUUGUUACAACAAUGAGUCUUCUUCCUACUUUUAUUAAAGAUGAUUAUAAAAAUAUUCAACAUAAUCUAAUUAAUCGAAUCACUUAAAUUUAAGGUUAAUUUCAAAUCUAAGAUAUUAUUAAAUUCUACGAAUAUAUUGAAAACAAUUAUGAUGAUAUUAAGAAUGCACCCAUCCAAUAAAUGCAUUUUGUUGAGGAUAAUCUUUAUAAAUAUAGUGAUUCAGUCAGUAUGGAUGAUCUUAUUAUCAUUUUAUAAUAUUUAGUAAAUAAAUUAUAUUUAUUAUAGUAUCAAAGACCAAAGUUUAUUUUGUAACCAGAUAAAUUUAUUAAUCAAGUGAUUAGAACUUUUGAUUAGAAUAUUAAUUUAAUGACUGCUGCUUAGAUAGAUAUGUUAACAUCACUUUUUUAGCCAUUUUUAGAAUUUUAAUAAAAAUAGAUAGGAGAUUCUUUAAAUAUUAAAACUACCUUGAGAAAAUUGAAGGAUAUUCAAUUAAUUAAAUAAUAUUAUUAGAAAUAAAUUCAAUGA